AUGGUAUAUAGUUACACUAAAGCCUUCAACGCUUUUGCUGCGAAGCUUUCUCCACACGAAGCUAAGAAGAUGAUGGAGAUGGAAGAAGUUCUUGGGGUAUUCCGAAACCAAUAUCGACAACUUCACACAACAAAAUCAUGGGAUUUCGUUGGACUUCCUCUGACAGCAAAAAGACAUGUAAAAGCAGAGAGAGAUGUUAUUGUUGGUGUUCUUGAUACAGGAAUAACCCCAGAUUCAGAGAGUUUCCAGGACCGUGGUUUAGGCCCUCCCCCUACCAAAUGGAAAGGAUCGUGUGGACCUUAUAAAAAUUUCACCGGAUGCAACAACAAAAUAAUCGGCGCCAAGUACUUCAAGCACGACGGAAACGUGCCUACCGGCGAAAUCCGAUCACCGAUCGACAUCGACGGCCAUGGAACGCACACGUCAUCCACCGCAGCCGGCGUUCUGGUCGCAAACGCGAGUCUCUUUGGCAUAGCAAGCGGCACCGCACGCGGCGCGGUUCCGUCGGCGAGGUUAGCGAUGUACAAGGUGUGUUGGUCGAGAGGCGGCUGCGCCGACAUGGACAUCCUCGCCGGAUUCGAAGCGGCGAUUCACGACGGUGUAGACGUCAUCUCCAUCUCAAUCGGCGGUCCGAUCGCGAGUUAUUCUACCGAUUCGAUAUCCGUCGGGUCAUUUCACGCGAUGAGGAAAGGGAUCCUUACGGUGGCUUCCGCCGGAAACGACGGACCAUCUUCAGCGACUGUAACGAAUCACGAGCCUUGGAUAUUGACGGUUGCUGCAAGCGGAAUCGAUCGGUCGUUCAAGAGUCAGAUCGAUCUCGGCAACGGAAAAUCCUUCUCUGGAAUGGGAAUAAGCCUGUUUAAGCCAAAUGCCAAAUCUUAUCCGCUUGUAAGCGGCGUUGAUGUUGCUAAGACCUCAGACGACAAGUUCAUGGCCAAGUAUUGCUUCUCUGAUUAUUUGGACCGGAAGAAAGUGAAGGGAAGGGUGGUGGUUUGUAGAAUGGGAGGAGGUGGUGUGGAGUCGACUGUUAAAAGCUACGGAGGUGCUGGUGCGGUUAUAGUAAGCGAUCAAUAUCUUGAUAACGCUCAGAUUUUCAUGGCUCCAGCCACCACUGUUAAUUCCUCCGUUGGCGAUGCUAUCUACCGAUACAUCAACUCUACAAGAUCACCAUCGGCCGUGAUCCAGAAAACCCGGCAAGUGACAAUCCCUGCUCCAUUUGUUGCUUCUUUUUCAUCAAGAGGUCCCAAUCCAGGAUCAAUACGCCUUCUCAAGCCUGAUAUCGCUGCACCCGGGAUUGAUAUAUUGGCGGCUUUCACUCUCAAGAGAUCACUGACUGGGUUAGAUGGUGACACCCAAUUCUCAAAAUUCACCAUCCUGUCUGGUACUUCAAUGGCAUGCCCUCACGCUGCUGGUGUUGCCGCUUACGUCAAGUCUUUUCAUCCGGAUUGGUCACCCGCUGCGAUCAAAUCCGCCAUCAUAACCUCAGCAAAACCGAUAAGCAGAAGAGUGAACAAGGACGCUGAGUUUGCUUAUGGAGGAGGCCAAAUAAACCCAAGAAGAGCAGCGAGUCCUGGCUUAGUCUACGACAUGGACGACAUCUCCUAUGUGCAGUUCCUAUGCGGGGAAGGCUACAACGCGACCACUCUUGCGCCACUUGUGGGGUCACGGUCCGUGAGCUGCUCGUCCAUUGUCCCUGGACUAGGCCACGAUUCCUUAAACUACCCAACAAUCCAACUGGCGUUGAAAACUGCCAAAACGUCGACGAUGGCUGUGUUCAGGCGGAGAGUCACCAACGUUGGACCACCGUCGUCGGUCUACAACGCCAUCGUCACGGCCCCGAAAGGGGUAGAGAUUACGGUGGAGCCAAAGAGUUUGUCGUUUACAAAGGCUUCACAACAGAGGAGCUUCAAAGUGGUGGUCAAGGCACAACAAAUGACUCCAGGGAAGAUUGUGUCGGGCUUGCUCGUAUGGAAGAGCCCACGUCACUCUGUUCGUAGCCCCAUUGUUAUCUAUAGUCCUACUUCUGAUUGA